UGGCUGGCACACAUUUCAACUGGUAUCUCGGUGUGGGGACUCUUUGGCAUGGCUAUGUCAGCACCAUGUUUUGCAUAUUUUGGCGAAGAGGCUCCGAUUAGCCAAAUUCUCUAUGCCAUAAUAAAUUUCUACAUGGCACUAUCGCUUGCGAUCGUUGUGUGGCUAAGUCUAGCAGCUCUUGGCGAGCUGCAACGAUUAUCAAAUCAGUUAUUGAGAUAUUUCAACUGUAAACGUCGUAUUGCGAAUGAUGGGCUGAUACCUACUGCAGCCGCUCGCGAUCCAAAAAGCACAACGGAAAAGUAUUUUAGUCAACUACAAUCCAUAUGGGCUUAA